AUGAGAACUACAUUACCAGGUAUAAAUCAGCUACCCAGUUUACAAUCAUUUGGUGCUAAAAAUGAAAGUGUUCAUUCAACUAAUGUUGCUAAUUCAGCUAAUCAAUCUAAUAACUAUUUUGAAUAUAAACCAGCUGUUUAUAAACCAGUUCCACCAACUUCAAUCCCACAUCCACAAAAUCAUUAUGAAUUUCAUUCAAAUUAUUCAUACCAGUCAGCACCUCAAGUACAAUAUAUGACUACAUCUUCUCAAAUUAUUCCUCAAUAUACUUUACAAGCUACAGGAAAUACAUAUACCCCAGGGAAUUAUCAUCAACCAUUAUCAUCACCUUUAGAUACACCAAACUAUAACCCUAAAAUAAUCAGAUCUGGCUCAUCGGAUUCAACAAUGUCAAGUGGGUCCAAUAGUGUUAGAUUACCUUCAAUUCAUGAACUUGUAUCACCAGCUAGUGCAACAUCUUCACCACCUGCAUAUCAUCCAAUACCUCAACAUCAACAAUUUCAACAAUUUCAAGAACAACAACAACGCGUCUUACAACAACCAAGAGCUGUACAGAUGCAACAACCAACUGUUUUACAUCAUCAUAAUCAUCAUCCUAAUUUCAACCCAUCUCAGCCUAUUAUUCAUCAUCAUCACGUUCCUUUACAACAAGAUUUAACAAUUUCUCAUAACCAUCAUAAUCAUGUUCCAACAAGUUAUUCAUCACCAGCCCAUACUAUCCAUCACCUUUCUCAAAUUCAACCUAAAAAGAUCCGUAAGAGAACCAGAACAGGAUGCUUAACAUGUCGUAAAAGAAGAAUUAAAUGUGAUGAACGUAAACCAUCAUGUUUAAAUUGUGAAAAAUCUAAGAAAUGUUGUGCAGGUUAUGUUGAUGUUAUCAAAAAGAAUAAUAGAAAAUCAACAAAUACUACAACUACACAAGCUAUAAUUACAGUAUGA